GGCGGAGCCGAAACGCACUGGGGCCCUCAGUGUCGCGCUAAAGCGCCAGGUUUCCGGCAAGAGCGGGAACGACAGUCCCAGAGGUCCUCGCGACAGGCGCGGAAGCCGGCGGCGGCCGCCCGAGACCCCGGUCCCGACCGGUUCGCAGACCCCGGGGCGUGUCACGCCCGCGCGAGGGAAGGGUUGGCUCCCUGGCCGCCGGCCCCUUCGGCCAGAGCGCGCUCCAGCGCGGGCGUUUCUUAGUUUUGUGCCGGGGACGGGCGCCUCGUGUCGGGAGACAGUAGCCAUGGGAAGAGUUGGAGGCGUGUCUGCCACCGGGCUGUGGAUGCACCAGGCGCGGGGCCCCACCUGUGACCCGGCAGCUUCGUUUGUGCCUUGCUCCGUGUGGGGCCUCUGCGUGUGUAACUGUCACGUAGUCCUCUCGGGGACCCUUUGUAGAGCUGGGACGGUGCCGGAGCGUGAAGGAGUUUGAGAAGCUGAACCGCAUUGGGGAAGGCACCUACGGCAUUGUGUAUAGGGCCCGGGAUACCCAAACAGAUGAGAUUGUGGCCCUGAAGAAAGUGCGGAUGGACAAGGAGAAGGAUGGGGUCCCCAUCAGCAGCCUUCGAGAGAUCACGCUGCUCCUUCGCCUCCGCCAUCCGAACAUCGUGGAGCUGAAGGAGGUGGUUGUGGGGAACCACCUGGAGAGCAUCUUCCUGGUGAUGGGUUACUGUGAGCAGGACCUGGCCAGCCUUCUGGAGAACAUGCCCACACCCUUCUCUGAGGCCCAGGUCAAGUGCAUCGUGCUGCAGGUGCUCCGGGGCCUCCAGUACUUGCACCGGAACUUCAUCAUCCACAGGGAUCUGAAGGUCUCCAACUUGCUCAUGACGGAUAAGGGCUGCGUGAAGACAGCGGAUUUUGGCCUGGCCCGGGCCUAUGGCAUCCCGGUGAAGCCAAUGACCCCCAAGGUGGUCACCCUCUGGUACCGAGCCCCUGAACUGCUGCUGGGGACCACCACGCAGACCACCAGCAUCGACAUGUGGGCCGUGGGCUGCAUCCUGGCCGAGCUGCUGGCCCAUAAGCCCCUUCUGCCCGGCACUUCCGAGAUCCACCAGGUGGACCUGAUCGUACAGCUGCUGGGGACACCCAGCGAGAACAUCUGGCCGGGCUUCUCCCAGCUGCCACUGGUGAGCCAGUACAGCCUGAGGAAGCAGCCCUACAACAACCUGAAGCACAAGUUCCCGUGGCUCUCGGAGGCCGGGCUGCGCCUGCUCAACCUCCUCUUCAUGUACGACCCCAAGAAAAGGGCGACGGCCGGCGACUGCCUGGAGAGCUCCUACUUCAAGGAGAAGCCCCUGCCCUGCGAGCCGGAGCUCAUGCCCACUUUCCCCCACCACCGCAACAAGCGUGCUGCCCCGGCCACGUCCUCAGGCGCUGAGAGCCAGAGCCGGCGCUGCAAGCCCUGAGGGCCGGGGCCCCUGGGGCCCGGCCUGUCCCUUGGCCAGGACCGACCAGCUGCUCCAGCUGACUGCACCGCUUCCUGCCCCUCUGCCCACCGCUGCCCCAGAACAGCAGGGUGUGGACACGGGGGAUGCCCGUGGGUGCACUCUGCAGGCCCAGACACCCUGAGGCUGGCCUGCCGGGCGCCACCUGGUGGCUCUGCCAUCUGGUGGCUGGGCUGGGUCCACCUGUUGCCAAGCCCUUAGACCCUCACUUCCCAGGAGAAAAUAUGGCCGGGCCCAUCUCAGGAGGUGUCUCUGGCUUGGGACGAGCAGACCCCAUGUGGUCACUUUUGUCCCCACUUGAUCCCCAGGGUCUGCCUGGGAAGGGAGAGGCUAUAGUGACCGCCCGCUGGGGUGCAGGACUCAGAGUGGGAAGGAGGGGUGGGGUGUGGGGUGCCGCCAGCUUGGUGGACUGGAGUCUGGGCAGCUCUGAGCCCAUCAGAGGGACAGCCUUGGGUUGGGGGCUGUGCCCUGUCCCCACUCCCCACUGAGGUCCCUGGGGAGGGGCAUGGUUGGGCCUCGGCGAGAUAAACGCUUUCCUCACAGA